ACGUGCCGCUAACACUCUUGCGAGUUUCCUCCGCGACUUUUUAAAAAAACGCUGCCUAUUGAGCUGAGCCUUGUUUGCUUUCUGUUUUUCCCUUUCAGGAACACUUUUACAGGAACGCCAUGGCCUCUGCACCAGUACUGAAGACUGGCCAAAAACUAAGUGAGGGAAAGACGAAGCAAAUUUUUGAGCUUGUGGACCAGCCCGGUCUCGUCCUGGUCCAGUCCAAAGACCAGAUCACUGCUGGGAAUGCCGUGAGGAAGGAUCAGAUGGAAGGCAAGGCCGCGAUCGCAAAUAAAACCACCAGCAGCGUUUUCAAGUUGCUCCAAGAGUCUGGAAUAAAGACUGCGUUUGUGAAGCAGCACUCGGAUACUGCAUUUAUUGCAGCCCACUGUGAGAUGAUUCCCAUCGAGUGGGUGUGUCGGCGAGUGGCAACGGGCUCCUUCCUCAAGAGAAAUCCGGGAGUAAAAGAAGGCUACCGCUUCUCUCCUCUGAAGAUGGAGAUGUUUUUCAAAGAUGAUGCCAAUAAUGAUCCCCAAUGGUCAGAGGAGCAGCUGCUGGAGGCAAAGUUCUCCCUUGCUGGACUCACCAUUGGCCAGUGUGAGGUGGAUAUCAUGAAUCGCAGCACUGUGGCCAUCUUUGAGAUUCUGGAAAAGGCCUGGGCCACUCAAAACUGCACACUGGUGGACAUGAAGAUAGAGUUUGGUGUUAAUGUGAAAACCAAAGACAUCGUCCUUGCUGAUGUGAUUGACAAUGAUUCAUGGAGGCUGUGGCCAGCAGGCGAUCGAACCCAGCAGAAAGAUAAACAGGUGUACCGUGACCUUAAAGAAGUUACACCUGAAGCGAUGCAAAUGGUGAAGAGAAACUUUGAGUGGGUCUCUGAAAGAGUCAAGCUGCUGCUAGAGCCCCAGGCCAGUGGCAGAGUAGUGGUUCUGAUGGGCUCCACCUCUGACAUGGCUCACUGUGAGAAGAUCAGAAAGGCCUGUAACUCCUAUGGCAUCCAGUGCAUCCUGAGAGUCACCUCGGCGCACAAAGGACCUGAUGAGACACUCCGCAUCAAAGCGGAAUAUGAAGGUGAUGGUACACGAACUGUGUUUGUAGCUGUAGCAGGUAGAAGUAAUGGCCUUGGUCCUGUGAUGUCAGGAAACACUGCUUAUCCAGUCAUUAAUUGUCCACCCCUAACUCCAGACUGGGGGGCGCAAGAUGUUUGGUCAUCCCUUCGUAUGCCAAGUGGUCUCAGCUGCUCCACAGUCCUCUCUCCAGAGGCUGCAGCUCAAUUUGCUGCCCAGAUCUUUGGGCUGAGUGACCAUCUGGUGUGGUGCAAACUGAGGGCCUCCAUGCUCAACACCUGGGUGUCUCUCAAGCUGGCAGAUAAGAAGUUACAGGCCUGCAGCCUCUGAAGAGAUGCAUCCUUUUCUUUCCAUUUUGCUUCAUUCCAGAUUGCCUUUUGAGCCUUGUUUAUGCCUCUACUGUUCCAGUUUCUGUCACUCUACCUAACCUUUUCUUGUUCACCAUGAAAAAUCUUUGAUAUUAAAACUUGACAUCAGCACAUACUUGGGAAAAAAAAUCAUUCCAUUAAAAGGAACUGAAUUUGCAUCAGCAUUUUGUUUUUUUGUGAUGUUUUUAAAGGUGGUUAUGGUUCUCAG